AUGGCUCCAGCUGAAUCAACACCUCGGAAUACUGGAACUUAUGCUGAUGAUAGUGUUUUGAGUCAAAAUGACAUCAUCACCGAUGCGGUAAAUCCUAGUUGUGUUUUCUACCAAAAGAAGCCCGAUUUUGAUUUCAGAAAUGGUGUCAAUCUUUCCCUCAAUCAUUGGCCGAUGAGACGAGCUCUUCAAAGUUUAUGAUUCGAGCAAUGUUUGUUGCAUUCUCGUGCGUUAUCAGAUAUCGUAAAAUUCUCGGAGAGGAGUGCUUCAAAUCGAAUUACAUCGCCGAUAAAAUGAAGAUUCGAUCAUUGAGCUUCGAAAACAAUGAAUCAUUGACAAUUUCUCAACAUUUGAGAUCUGCUGGUGAUGCGAUAAAAGAGGGAGCACUUGAAGAAUUGGCGAUGGUUGUGACACAGAAAGAGGGAGACGUCGAAGCAUUGGAAGUUUUUUCGUGGAAAAUGCACUAUGACGAGUAUAAUAAUCCAUCUGCAGUUUUAUCGUGAGUUUUACAUUGUAUUAGACAUUGAAAGAAAACCUCUUCAGACUUGAUGCUUCAAAUAAUUCGCCGAUUUCUCAACUCAGUAAAAUUGGCUAUGCGGGAUCGAAAUCUGUUCGCGAUCAGUUGGUUCUUUUGGUUCGCAGUUUGCAAGUUGUUUGCCAAAAGAUUCUCGCACCUCUUCCAGAAAAUGUUUCUAUCAAUUUCCGUAUGUCAUACAUGGAUCGUAAGUAAACAAUUAAAACUUCUAAUUAACAAUCUGAAUUUAUCAGAUGUUCAUUCUGACUAUAAAGCCGAUGGAUUCAAAGAAACAACAACUUUCUACACGCUUCCUGAAGACUGUCAAAUAGCUUCACUUGGUCAACUUCGUCCAGGUCAUCAUGGAUGUGAUCUUUCAUGUUCAAGUGUUUAUAUGAACGAUUCAUAUGAAGCUGAACUGGUUCUGAAGAAGUAUGCUGAAAAAUGUGCUGAUUCUCUGGGAUACGACGUGCCAAACACUUUGUAUCAAUCAUUCGUGUCUGACGCCAAUGCUACUCGAGUUUCAACUGAGAAAACACCUGAACAACCGAUCGAAAGUCCAAAAACCCCAGAAGAGGAUUUAGUUGUAAGAUUAUUCUAUCAGAUUAUUUUUUAUCAAUGACGAAUUUUUUUAUAGGAAAAAGUUGAAUCGGUCAAGUUGAAAGAUUCGCCAGUUAAAAAUGUUCGAGGAAGAAGAAAGAGAGGACAGGUAAUUCUAUAGAAUCUGAAAUUUGAUUUUUAAAAAGCCAACUAAUUUCAGGUUUCUGACAAGAUUGCUGAAAAACCAAUUCCAGUUGAGGAAAGAAGAACAACUAGAUAUGGACGUGUUCGCUCAGUCAGUGUUAUUUCGCCGGAAAAAAGAUCGAAAAGAAAUCUGUAA